AUGAUCGGUGCCGCUAGGCGCUGGUUCCGGCGCAAUCGCAAAGGCCUUGCGAUCGGGGCUGGUGUGCUGGGAGCUGGCUACCUGGCCGGGCAAUAUGUGCUGUCCAAGAUCUCCGAGGCACGCGAGCGCAUGAGCAGCGACCGAAUAGCCCGCGAGAAUUUGCGGCGACGAUUCGAGCAGAACCAGACCGAUUGUACCUAUACCGUCCUUGCAUUGCUGCCCACUGCCACGGAUAAUAUUAUCGAAGCGCUCCCCGUCGAGGAGCUGACGAAGGAGCUCCAGAAGAAGCGGGCAGAGAGGCUGGCGCGGCUCAAUGCCGGGGAGGCAGCGGGCUCGGACAUGACUUCCGUAUCACCUAGCGUCACCCAGGAGGAUCGGAAGAGCCUGCCGAGCUUGCAGAGUGAAGACUAUGUGCACGCGAGCCAGCUGGGGGAGUCUGUGAACCCGGAAGACCAGUCCCAGCCGAAACGGAACAAGACGCAGUUGUGGAACGAGGUUAAGAUCACAUCCAUCACCCGAUCCUUUACCCUUAUCUACACCCUCUCGCUGCUCACCAUCUUCACCCGCAUCCAACUCAACCUCCUCGGCCGUCGCAACUACCUUUCCAGCGUUAUCUCUCUCGCUAAACCCCCAGCCGACUCGACAAUCAGCUUGGAGGACCACGAUGAUGAGCUUACUCAGACCCUGGGGGAUGACUUCGAGACCAACCGACGGUAUCUGGCUUUUAGCUGGUGGCUGUUGCACCGUGGAUGGAAGGAGUUGAUUGCACGGGUUCAGCCUGCUGUGGAGGAGGUCUUUGGGCCUCUCAACCCGCGUGAAGACAUCACUCUGUCCAAGCUGUCCGAGUUGACUCUUCAAAUCCGCAGGAAGGUUGAAGGAAACACCGAAGAGGAGCGACGGUCCAAGAAGUGGCUAUCGUGCUUGCUACCCCCGACAGAGGAGGAGGAAGAUGUUCUGCGCGAGUCGGGUGUGGAGGGAGUGGCGGAUCCAUCAUCCUCGCAGACUGCCUCGAAGCUGCGCCAUCUUCUUGACGAGACAGCUGAUCUUAUCGAUUCUCCGUCCUUCUCCUUCAUCCUCACCCUCCUCAACAAUGAAGGCUUCUCGACGCUUGUCGACGCGAAAUGCGCCAGCGAGGCCUUCAAGGCACCCGACUCGGCUCCUGUGACAGUGCCGCAGUCAUUUGACUCUAUGGCUACCGUUGUCCCUGCUUCAUCCGAGCGCAAAAGCAAGCUUGCCAACCUUCUGGCUGUAAUGGCUCGCCAGGCUCAUGUGAUUGGCAAUGGCACUCAUCCUCCCAACGAGUAUCUGGUUGGCAUGGAUCAGAAUGUGCGCGAGCUGGAGGCAUUCUCGGCUGUGAUUUACAGCUCAAACUUUGAACUUGAGCUCCUGGGUCGCAAAAAAUCCACUGCCGCCGAGAACGAAGACUCGACAGAGUUCGAGUCCGGUUCGUCCUCAUUCGCGGAUGUGAUGGUCGAGAAGGAGGCCACGGCAGAACCUGGCGAGGGCAUCUCCCAGAGCUUUCCUGUCCUUGUCGAUCUCGAUGAACAGGAAGCUGGACCUGAAAAUUCUGCCGGCGAAGAGCAGCUGACUCAACAAUCACCCCCGGUGGCUACGGCAGACUCUGCUUUCGAGCGGGCCUGGGGCAAGGCCGUUGACGAUGGAAAGCGCUCUUCAGAGACGGAGGACCAGGCCGCUGUUUAA